GCGAUCUCUUGAUCUUCCUUUCAUUGUCUUCAUUCAACGAGAAGAACUCGCAUCAUACCACUAGCACCUAACGCAAUCAAAAGCUCACCCUUCUACUGAAGCACAACAUGGCUCCCAUCAAGGCUUUCGUUACUGGCGCCACCGGUUACAUUGGUGGAGACGUCUUUUACAAUGUCCACCAGGCACACCCUGACUGGGAAUACGCGGUAUUGGUUCGCAGCAAGGAGAAGGCAGAGAAGCUCUCCAGCGAAUAUCCCAAGGUUCGCGUCGUGUUGGGAGACCUAGAUUCCGCGGAUAUCAUCGAGGAAGAGGUCAAGAAAGCCGACAUUGUUUUCCACACCGCCGACUGCGACCACGUUGCGUCUGCUGAGGCCAUCGCCAAGGGUGCUACCCAUCACACCCCGGAGCGCCCCUUGUGGUGGAUUCACACCUCUGGAACCGGUAUUUUAACAGUCGAGGACUUCCGUGCCAACACCUGGGGUCGGUACCGCGAAAAGGAGCACGACGACUGGGAUGGCGUGGAUGAGCUCCUCAACCUGCCUUCUGACUCUCUCCACCGCAAUGUCGAUGAGAUUGUCAUUGCCGCUGGCAAGCGCGACCCCAACAGCGUCAAGAUUGCCAUCGUCUGCCCGCCUACAAUUUACGGCCCUGGCCGUGGUCCCGGCAACCAGAAGAGUGUGCAGGCCUACUGGCUGGCAUCUGCUGUCUUGAAGCGGAAGAAGGGCUUCUUGGUGAACGAGGGCAAGAACAUCUGGCACCAGAUCCACGUGCGAGACCUGAGCGACCUGUAUCGGCUGUUGGGAGACGCUGCUGCUGCGGGCGGCGGCAAUGCCACCUGGAACGACAAGGGUUAUUACCUGGCUGAGAAUGGCACCUUCGUCUGGGGAGACAUCUCGCGGGAGGUGGCCAAGGUCGCUUAUGAGAAGAAGCUGAUCUCGUCUCCUGACGUGGAGUCCAUCUCCGACGACCAGGUGAAGGAAUUGAACCAGUUCGGUCUCUAUGCCUGGGGCAGCAACUCUCGUGGCCACUCUUACAGAGGCAGGAAGCUGCUCGGAUGGUCUCCUCACAGGCCUAGCCUGAAGGAGCUUAUUCCUGAAAUCGUCGACAUUGAGGCCAAGGCGUUGGGCUUGUUGUAAAUUGCAAACCAGAGACUGUCGUGUAAAAUGAGGCUAAUUUGAUGAAUGAAAUGACUAUCCCUCUCC